ACUGGUGGCAGCGGUGGGAUGUACUGCACCCCGUGGAUGGCGCUUCCUGCACGAGCGCCAGGAGGGGCCCCCCGAGGAUGCUGCGGAAGCAGAGCUGGGCCCUGGUCCUGGCCGUGGGCACCACCCUCAGCUUCAGCCUCUCCGUGCUGUGGAGGGUUCAGAGCCGUGCCCCCCCGCGGGCGGAAAAAGCCUCCUUUGCUGGUAUGGGAUCAGCGUGCGAACCAGGGAUCGGCUGGCUGGCCUCGAAGCCCAGCCCUGAGGCCAGGGAGAUGGCCGCGGAGCAGUGCCAGGAGCUGGGGCAGAAAUUGAGCCAGGGGGUCCUCCCCGUGAGGCUGGACGAGGCCUGGAUCUGGAGGCAGCUGACGCUGGUGCAGAGCUGCCCCUGGGCACAUAACGCCAGCGCCCUGGGCCAGUACAGGGAGCAGCUGGGGCGCCGCUGUAAUGCCACGGCCAGCCUGGUGCUGACCCGGGACAACACCCCGCUGGGCUCCCGGAUCGUCUACGACGGACAGCGGGCCAAGAAGUAUCUGGUGAAGGAGGAGCUGCUGGAGAUGCUGCCGCAGGGCUCCCCGUUUCAGGACGCCCCCUACGAGUGCUGCGCCCUGGUGGGGAGUGGGGGGAUCCUUCGUAACAGCAGCUGUGGCCCCGAGAUCGACCGCGCCCAGUUCGUCAUCAGGUUCAACCUGCCCCCCAUGGACUUUGCCAAGGACGUGGGCACCAAAUCGAGCGUCAUCACCGUGAACCCCAGCAUCCUGGAUUUACGGUUCAGGGGUCUGAACUGGCGGCGACGUCCCUUCGCGGAGGCGGUGGGCACCUACGGGGCCCCGCUGCUCCUCAUCCCGGCCUUCAGCUUCGCCGGCAUCAGCGCGGUCUCCUUCCAGGCCCUUUACACCCUGGAGGACUUCGGCUCCCCGGCCCGGGCCCUCUUCAUGAACCCCGAGUACCUGGCGCGGCUGGAUGGGCACUGGCGUCGCCGGGGGCUGCGCGCCAACCGCCUCUCUUCGGGCUUCAUGCUGGUGAAUGCCGCCCUGGAGAUGUGCCGGCACCUCACCCUCUACGGCUUCUGGCCCUUCCCCAGCGACCCCGAGGGGCGGCCCCUGCCCCAUCACUAUUACAACAACCAGCCCCCCAAGCUGGGCUUUCACGCCAUGCCCGAAGAGUUCACCCGCUACCUGGGCCUGCACCUGCAGGGCGCGCUGUGGCUGCAUCUGGGGCGCUGCCGGUGAGGAGUCUGGCCGGCAGCCGCGCACAACGAAGCUUGGAGGGGGGGGUCUGAAAUGAGCCCCCCGCCCCUCAAUUCCACCUUACUCCCUCCCCAGUUACCAAAGGAGGAAAAUAGCCAGUGGCACCAAUUCGUUAGGCAUUCGUUAAUUGCCACUCGUUAACUGGUUUCUCUUCGGCGAUGUUUGAUGAACAAAGUUCAUUAAUGGCAAGGUGUUCGUUGGCCUCCUUUAAUUACUAAUUAAUUAUCACAGUUCAUUGGCUGUGAGUUGUUGGCUGGCCUGUUCAUAGCUCUUUAAUUAUUGCAGUUUGUUCAUUGUAAUUAAUAAGUCAUCACCUCUUAAUUGCGAUUUAAUUAUCGCAGUUCAACCAUCCUUAAUUGAUAUCUCUUGCUGGCUGGUGAAUCCUGGUGGACGGUUACUUGUAAUUAGUAAUUCACCAGCUGUUUGUCACUAAUAAAGGCUCUUUCGUGAU